AUGAAUCGUUUUCGCAAGUCGAAGAAGGAGAAGGAGGUCAAGAGGGAGAAGGCCAAGGAGGAUGUCGUGGUUACCGAAACCAGUGUUCCCCCUACUACAUUCGGCGCGAUUCUCAAGAAGAACAAGAAAGAGCCCGAGUCAAAGCCCGAUCUUGACAUCGACCUCUCAAGCGCAUUACCGUCUACCGAUGAUUUCCGAACUAGCUUGCUUAUGCCGAAACUAUCAGCGCGCUUCAGUAUGCUACGAGAACAAGACGACCCCGAAUCGCUUAUCGGAAAGGCCAGCGAUGACAGUGUCUUAUUUCCUAGGCGCGCUUCGAGAUUGAACCUUUUCGGCCACAAUCCGAGUCUCCUCACCGACAUUGACGAAGUAUCCUCUUCAGGUCGGCCGUCGUUCAACCAUGAGCGUGGGUCCUAUGCGUCGGGAAGUGAUGGGUAUAAUGGAGAUGACGAUUCCCAACAUCAAGGUAGCAUAAUGAGCCGGGGUAGACGUACUGAGGGAAACAACUUGUUCGGAGGGCGGCAGAAGGUAUAUAAGAUUCCGUCUUCAGGGUCUGGCCGCUCUGGGCGAGCACUUUAUGAACAUGAUGUCAACAAUUCGCUUUUUCGACGGAAACCCAGUGUAAAGAAGGGCAAUGAAGAGGAACACGCGCCAAACUCUCCACAAGAAUCUGAAGAUGCAUUGUCCAGAGUGUCUUCUGUUAACCGCACCACCUUCUCUUCGACAACUUCAGGGCCGAUGAGCAAUACCCGCAUAUCAACUGCUGCGACUUCUGUGGACGAGCAUCCAUUGUCUACGUCACCUGCCCAGACACAUAACAGUAGUUCGGAGUCCAUCCAACCAAAACCAACUGGCCCUGGCAUGGCUACUGAGAGAGCGUCCGUUAGGACGCGGCGUUUGUAUGGCCAGGCCUUGGAGCAAUCGGCUCACACUCAGCAGGCAUCGGCCCUUCAUCGACUGGAGAGUCUGAGCCGCCAGCGCGCAGGCACUCCGGAGAUUCCUUCUCUCAACAGAAACUAUUCCCGAAGUGCUGUAAACCUGCGUAACGGACUGCUGAAACUGACCACUGCCGAGUCGUCGCCAGCUGCAUCCCGACCCACGAGUCCUCCAUCAUCUGCUACCUCACCUUCAAGGCCACAAAUCGAGUCUGAACUAAAACCUCCCGGACAGCCUCCGUUGAGUCCCCCAGUUAGUGAAAACGAAGAGGCGACUCUGAUGUCCGCUUUGCAACCUGAAGAUCGUGGAAAAGCAACAGCCAUGGGCAUGUUCAAUAAGCCGCGGACUGCCUAUGAUGAUAGUCAAUUUUCCCACCGUCAACUUCAACUGUUCCAAGGUCGAAACACACCGCCUCUACGACAACAAUCUCCAGCGCCAGCACCUUCUCAAGAUGAACUGACGCGUCAACGGGGCUUCUCAAAUGCCAGCCAUCGGUCGCGGUCGGGCUCUGCCGGGUCUUCUAACUACAGCGAGGCACAUCGCCCCGGCAGUCGAUCCACUGGGAAGAGUGUAUAUGCAUCCCCUGCCAGGCCCGGCCAAAUCGGUACUUUCUUUGAUAAUUCAAGCCCGAGCGAGACCGAAGAUGAAGGGUAUAGGCCGGUUUCGCGCGAUGACUACUCUAUUCAUAGCAACCACCCUGCUUUCCGCUCCCGAACUCCAUCAAGGCCGACAACGCCAACUGCGGAAGAGAACAACAACACUCUGCCUGAAGUGCGGUUCUCGGAUUUGGGCGACCUGAAGCCCAUCGCAGAGCACCGGGAGAGCAUUGCCGAGCAGGGUAGCAACACCCCGGCCAGCCCCGAGAAGCCUGAUUCUCCCACCAUACCUGCAGGACUCGGCCUCAGUGGUCUCGUGCGUACACAUCUCCGACAGGACAGUGACAAAUCUUCUAUCAUGCCCCCGCCGUCUCCUCGCUUCCCUCCACCUACUGAACCUGAGACUGCCCCGGAACCUUCCACCGAACAGCCUCAAUUCGGCCAACCAUCUCACCCUCCCACGGCUGCUCCACCGUCAGUUCCAGUAGUUCCCGACCCAAUUCCAGAUUGGCGGGACGAACUGGGUAUCAGCCGGCAUCAGCGCCAGGCAAGCACAGAGACACAAAGAGAGCGAGAAGAAUUCGCCAACGAGCUCGCAGAGCGACGUCGCCGCGUGCAGGAAAAGCUUCGAGACUUUGCCGAUGAAAGCCGUGCAGCAAGCCCUGUGUCUGGCCGUCAAACUCCUGAUUUUGGCCAGCCCAAGCCUGGAAAUGCGUUUGCCCUUCUCAAAAGUAAGACCGGCAAGCACCAUCUCUUUGGUCGGGGAGAGUCUCGCGGCCCGAGGGGUCUUCCUUUCGGCGGCAAUGCAUCCACACCAGCCUUGGUCUCGGAUGACCCAUGGGGAGAGGAGGACAGAAUGGCGUUUCCUCAUAUAGGAAGGCAUAACAACUCAAGCUCUCCACAUGUAGGAGAACGGUCCAUGCGCUCUAGAAUUGCAAGCUUCAGUCGCCGCAGCCAAGAGGAAUCUCGCGAAUCGAGCCGCAGCCGUGGUGCAUCCCCUCACUCGAGCUUCCGGUCUCGCCGAGAACGAUCGAGUUCGAAUGCAUCCAGCCGUUCCAAGAGCCGCUCUCGCCGCGAUCGCGACAAUCUCACUACUUUGGAAGAAGACGAGAUAAGCUCUGAUAACGGCUUCACUUAUGGAAGGCGACGUGUGACGUCGGUUACGUCGUCUACCCGCCCUUCUUUGGAGAAUUACGAGCGCCCUAUGUUUGACAACAGGGCGCCAUCCGCCGCAUCAGGUGCAUAUUUCCAAGAAAGUCGGUCCGCAACACCGGUUGAUCGACCAUUCGCUGCGCCCAUCGCCAACUCGCCAAUAAUCGGAGCUCCUCGCCCUUCGCCGGCCGCUCCGCCCUUCUCGGCUAACGCAACGCCCCCUCUCAACGAUGCGAACGGCGACUCUCCGGCUGCGUCUACGACCACUCUUCCUCAGCCCCUUCCCCAGCGUGCCGCAGGUCACACUGGUCUUCAGAAGCGCAUCAUCGACAAAUCAAAAAUCUCCGAACCCACCUUCAUCUCCUGCACAUCCAACGUCCCAACGGUCGGGCUUCCUCCUGGCGCAAGCCUGAGCAAUGGCAUGGAAACCCCUCCUAUUCCUCCAAUGAACCCACGUCGUCGGCGCCAAACAACUACGCAAACAAUCCUCAACGCGUUCAAAUCGCAAUCUGACUAUGAGCCCUCCCAAGCGCAAGAACGCAGCACCUUCGACGACGAAGGCCAGAAGCGUUCCCGGUCCCGGUCGAGGCCGCGCAACCGCCUGCGUAAGGUCUCUAGCGAGCAAGGCGAGCUGAACGCCACUGCUGAUGCCAUGGCUCGGCAGAGUACAGCGCCUGGUGCCAGCGCAUCGCCAUCUCCUACACCCUACCAACCUCGCAUCCCUAUGGACGGAGGCAUGUUCUGA